AUUAUCGCUUGUUUUUUCCCUUUUCUGUGGGUUCGAUCGAGAGGAAGGGAGAUAGAUCUCGGCGGCGGCGAGGAAUGGAGCAUCGCCGGACCACCUCAAACUGUCCAGAAAGACACAGAUCUGAGUAGAAAGAGAGAUGGAUGUGUUCAGCGAUGGACGGGCCACCGCCGGAGAUUGAGGCAACAAGGAAACCGACGACCUCGUACUGAACUGGGAUGUAUGUUUAGACUCAUGAAUGAACCACUCAGGGAUUGAAUUAAAAAUUAAAAUGGGACUUAUACUAAACUGAUA